CCGCCUCAGCCGGUGAUUCCGCCGCCGGAGGUCACGGCGAACAGAUUCGUCUAUCCUCCCGCCGCCACACCGUAUCACAACUACCCCGGCUACUAUCCGCCGCCGACAACCAUGCCAGCGCCGUUGCCGGCACCGUACGACCACCACCACCGUCAGGCGGUGGAGCCGAUUUGGGGGCGGUACCCGCCGGCGCCGGCACCGGCACCGGCGCCCUACGUGGAACACCAGAAGGCGGUUACCAUAAAGAACGAUGUCAACAUUAAGAAGGAGACGCUUAGGAUUGAGCCUGAUGAAGAGAAUCCUGGCCGUUUCCUCGUGUCGUUUACGUUUGAUGCCACCGUUUCGGGGAGCAUCACCAUAUUUUUCUUUGCAAAAGAAGGGGAAGGUUGCACCCUAAUCCCAAUGAAGGAAAAUGUUCUUCCACCCGUGACUGUAAAUUUCCAGCAAGGUCUUGGCCAGAAGUUUAAACAGCCAGCUGGAACUGGUAUUGAUUUUUCAAUACUUGAGGAGUCUGAGUUAUUGAAAGCGGGGGACAUGGAUGUCUAUCCUGUUGCCAUUAAAGCUGAUGCAUCCUCUGGUGAUCAUGAUGGAUCAAAUGAAACUCCAACAUCUGGCAACAACACAAACUCUCAGAUAACUCAAGCAGUGUUCGAGAAGGAGAAAGGAGAAUUCCAGGUGAAGGUUGUUAAGCAGAUCUUAUGGGUAAAUGGAAUGAGGUAUGAACUACAGGAGAUAUAUGGUAUUGGAAAUUCUGUGGAAAGUGACUUGGAUGGGAAUGACCCUGGAAAAGAGUGCGUUAUUUGCUUGUCAGAGCCUCGAGACACAACUGUCCUUCCAUGUCGCCACAUGUGUAUGUGUAGUGGAUGUGCAAAGGUUUUGAGGUUCCAGACAAAUAGAUGUCCAAUCUGCAGACAACCAGUGGAGAGGCUUUUGGAGAUCAAAGUUGGGCCUGAGCCAGAGCCUGAGCCUCAGCCCGAGGAGUGAAGAUACAAUGUUAGUGACACAAGCUUCCUGUACAGUCCAACUGUUAUAGUUAAUAUUUUUCACUUACUUGCUCAGGUUUUCCUAAUAAUCCCAAAAAAUAGAAAUUCGAAUUUGUGUAUGACAUUAUGUUUGACAUGUACAACAGGCUGGCAUUGCACCUGACUUGUAUUAUUGUGUAAGCCAAUGCCUCCGCCAUGCUUGUUUGGUUUUUACUUCUAAUUUCUAAGUGGCUUUCCCUUCUGAACAUAAUUGGAUGUGUUUUUCACCUUC